CGGGUCGGUGUUGUGUUGUAUUUGCCUCCUUACGCGUUACUAUUAACGACCAGGGUCCUGGGAAACAAGAGGCAGUGAAACGGGAGACAGAAGAGCUUUGUGUCGGCUAGUGUUUUGUUCCGCUUCGCUCCAAGGUUGUUGCUCUCGGUGGGAACAUCGCCUGGUUGGCAGGAACGAUGCCUGGCAAAGCCGCCGCAGCAGCGGCGCUUCAACCGACAACCGUCAAAACGGCUCCGCUGAAAGCCUUCCCUUUUGUUUUAAAGAAGAUUAUGGACAUACCGCCUCCUAAUAUCCUAGAGGAAGGCGACGACGAGAUAGAGAAGGAGAAACUGUGUUCAUCUGAGGAUGUGGAGAGCGGUGGAGCCGGGGCGGGUAGUGCUGGCGGAGGGUCUGGAGGUGGUGGCGGGGGUGGAGUAUCAGCCUCCCUGACCCCCGCCAUCUGGGAGAAGACCAUUCCUUAUGACGGGGAGACCUUCCACCUGGAGUACAUGGACCUGGACGAGUUCCUUCUGGAGAACGGUAUCCCUGUGAGCCUGGAGGACGAGGAGCUGCAGAAGACUCUGACCCCGGAGGACGACAAAGGGAAAUGCAUCCCCAAGGCCUCUGCCACUGCUGCUCCUGCUCCAACUCCUGCUGCUGCCGCCUCUCCUUCAACACCGCCUCCCUCUGAAACUGUCACUGCUACCUCAGUGGUCACCUCCGAGCCAGAGGAAGCGGUGACGGUCACAACCCUACAGCCCGCCAAAAUGGAGGAUGAGGAGGAAGAGGAAGAAGAGGAGGAAGAAGAGCAGGAGUCUUUGUCCAGCGAAGUGGCACCAGAUGUGGAAGCGGAGAAGGGAGCUACAGACUGUAAGGCUGUUGGUCGUAACACGCCCUCCCCCAUCGACCCAGAGGCCAUUGAGGUGGAUGUGAAUUUCCAGCCAGACCCCACAGACCUGGUCCUGUCCAGCGUGCCCGGAGGAGAGCUGUUCAACCCACGCAAACACAAAUUCUCAGACGAGGAGUUGAAGCCGCAGCCUAUGAUCAAGAAGGCCAAGAAAGUCUUUGUUCCCGAUGAACAGAAGGAUGAGAAAUACUGGUCGAGGCGAAAGAAGAACAACAUGGCGGCCAAGCGGUCCCGUGAUGCACGGCGGCUGAAGGAGAACCAGAUCACGGUACGUGCCUCCUUCCUGGAGCGGGAGAAUGCAGCACUGCGGCAGCAAGUAGCCGAGCUGCGUAAAGACUGUGGCCGCUGCAAGAACAUCCUGGCCCGCUAUGAGGCUAAGUACGGCCCACUGUAAAGAACUUUAAAAAAAAAAAAAAAUCAACAAAGUAUCAAUGAGACAAAAGCAGACCUCCUUCCCCCACUGAAAACAACACAGACACAACCACCACGGGAAUCUAAAAUUGCACUGCUGUCUUAGCUGGCCGCCGGUCACUGCGUCAAGCUCCAGUUGCUCUUCCUAACCUGACAUCGGCGUUGUGGAUACACACUGGCAGGCAGUGGGGCAGCUACAUUGGGAGCAGUGGUCAGAGGAGGGCCUGUGGAGAGCGCCUGGCUCCUACACUCAGAGAGGAAGGGCAUAGUUCUGGACACUUCCACGGUCAAACACACAGGGAAAAUAUACGCCCACUGGUCUGUCUGAAGACGGGUUCACUGAAGUCAGGAAAUGCAAAAAGAGCAGGCUGAUACAGCAGCAUCGCAGGCCUUUAAAUUUUCCACAAACGCAUUUUAAACACAGCGCAGCAAUGAGUUUCUAACCGGACCAAAGCACGAGCAACAUCAGCUAUAACUCCUGUUUAUUGAGAGGUGCACUCCACCUCCCACCCUUCACCUUUCCUUGUGCGUGCUUACUGAUUGUGUCAGUCCAUUUAAAAUACUCUGGCUUAGAUUCAGAAGAAGGACAAGUAAGAUCUUGAUUUAUUCAUCACAGGGCAGGGAAGGAACAGAUGAAUACAUGAAUAAAGGAGCAGGAGACAUAUUCAAAGUGGUACUUCCAAGGCUGCAAACCUGAAGAGAGGGAAGAUAGAGUUCACGUAGAGGAGAGUCAGCUAGCGGAGUGGUUCAGUCACAGCUCCUCCUUCUGUGUUUGCAUUUACUUGUAACACACGCGUGCCUCCAUGCGCACACGUACGCACACACAGUGUUUAAAGAACGCUUUGUAUAUAUAGUUAUCUCCCUGCACCACAUAGAUAAUGUGUGUGUGUAUCUGCGUGUUAACCGUUUUUGCACUCUUUCCUUAAAAAGCGACACAUAGUGUGUGAAGAUAAUAGUGGUGGUGGCUGGGUACCUUAUUUGUACCGUGGCCACCCUGGGAGACACAGUUGCUAAGAAAAAAAAAGAUGCAUGAUCCACAGUAUGAAGCUACUGUGUUUUAUUUCCCUUUUUUUUACUAAACUCAGAUCAGCCUCUUGAGUCUCACGUAAGAUUUAUAAAACAAGACUGUUUGGGAUUUCCCCAAAUGAUGCUGAUUUUACAAAAGGAGCACGAGUAAAACUGGGUUCUUUCAGCGGGUUCCUGCCUGUUGAAGAAGGCAUAUGUUUGGUGAUUCCCAGGGCCCUCACAGGUGGAGGGGUAUGUUACAUGUAGGCAUGUUUAUUUUACUGCACACUGCAAGUAGAGGGCGCUAGAGCCACUGCCUGCCUAGUUAUGGUGUAGUGAUGGCUGGAUUUUUUUUUGCCAUAACCCAAAGACGACUGCUCCUAAAUCUUGUAAAUAAAUGACUAUGUCAUGGUCUUUUACUCCCUAACUGUGAGACAGGGAUUCUGUCUGUGUCUUUACUAACCUAAUACUACUCCUUAUGUUUGCCAAAUAGUCACAUUAUGGUGAGUGCUGUAUUUAUUCUGAUGGUAAUAAUGCAUCUAUUGAUUGUGAUGUACAACAAUACGUCAGAUUAUAAUAUUUCCUUUGAGGAACAAUACUCCUAAUGGAACCAAUGACUACGCAGGGACUUCAAUGGGCAAACUGUGCUUUUGGAUGUUUGUUUUGAACACAGCUUUAUAAAAAUAGAGUUGUAUGGGAUUAUUUUUCUUAAUAUCUAUACCAAGGACAGGGCAAGUUCACAUUUACCUCAUCCAACACUUCCUUUGUUAAAUGGUCCAGCAGUAAGUUAAGGUUUAUAAUCUUUAUGCAGACGUUUCAUGGGGCUACCCAGCCAGUAUCGGUUGAAACAGAGAGCACAUACAAUGCAGCUCGGCUCUGUUUGGCAAUACCUUGAAUCAAAAAUGAUGAAUGGAUUUCUUUUGCCAAAACGGUUGGGUCUGCGUCUAAAUUAGUAAACACAUUACAGACCAUUAAGCAAUGGGACUCAAUAUCUCAAGUGUCUUCGGCUGAUAUGGAUUUUUGUGAUCAGUCAGCUUGUGUUCAUUAUCAACAUUGUAAACUUUGAAAGAAAAAUACAUGUGGCAAUAAUACUCUUAACUCAAUGCUCGUUUUAUUUCAAUGAUGAUGUUCAAUGUAAAGUCGCUAUGAUGUUCUAAAUGGAGAGAUGCCCCAAAGUCUUAUGUGCUUCCAGUUUAGAUCCCUUGUAGUUUGGGAUCAUAAUGCAUGAAACCCAGUAAAAUUGUGUCUUUUUAUUUUUUUUUUCCUAAACAUUUUACACCAAGUGUACUUAAGUCUGUAACUUAUCACUGAAAAUAAUUGACAUUGUACUAGACAUGUUAUUGGAUGGGUACAUCAAUAGCCCAUUGUGCAGUUCUGUCAAAAAAAAAAUAGAAAGAAAAAAAGCAGAACAUGUUGACAAGAUCCCUCUGACUUCCUGUAUUUAUGACUUGCAUAUUAGCGCCACCCAUUGUCAUGGAGUCAGUGCUUGACCUUGGGGCGAACAGCAGUUGAAAAGGGAUCUUUUGAUCACUGUGUGGAUUAGUUUCUAUUUACUUAAGAUUGAUCUAUAUCUACAUACACUGGACAAGUCGGUGCUUUUGUGCUCUCUCAAUAUAUUCUGUGUUUGUUUCAGUUUCCUAAAGGUCCAGUGUAACAGACAUUUCUGAGCAAGGUGUGUUUUUUUUGCAUUGACAUUCAAACUUGACAGACUACAUUAUGCUGUUUAUACAGAAUAGUAGCGGAUGUAUGAAAACUUUUUACUUUUUAACCACAGUAAAAGUGUUAUGCACCAGGCUUACAAAAGGUACUGGCUAAGAGAGCCUGUCAGAGGACAAUAAAUCAAGAAGAUUAUUAUAACAGCAUAUGUAGCAAUCACCUUUUUUACAAAACAAAAUAGAUACAAUACUCUCGAGAAAAUCUUUAAACCUGUCUGUUAAACCCAUUUUUAAUGUUUUGUUAAUUUGUGAGGUUUUAAUUUGUUUCUCUUUUGAUAUAUAAAGAUGCAUUUUGUUGUUGUUUUUUAAUGUCGUAGCCAUGUAUAGGAUACGUGCGAUGGCAGUACCAUGUCCUAACUGUAUCGUGUAUCAUGCAUAUGAAAAUAAAGUGGAAUCUAAUGAAACGUAA